AUGGCGAACUUUGUGUACAACAGUCAACUCGAUGCCUUUGAACUCUUCCAUUUGGUCCAAGAAGCAGAUGCGACACGCUCGUCAAUGCGACCGCCGCGAUCUCAUGCUCUGGAAGCCCUGGGCCACGCCCUGUCGGGCUCCUUUGGCGCCUCAAUCUCAAAUGCGGCGCUCUAUCCAAUUGACCUCAUAAUAACACGCCUCCAGAUCCAGCGCCAACUUCGCAAAGACCAGUCACGUCCUGGCGAGGAAGAGUAUAAAGGAUUCUUUGAUGGCCUACAGAAGAUCUACCACAACGAGGGUGGAGUCGCAGGAUUAUAUACGGGGCUGCUACAAGACACGGGCAAGACGAUUGCGGAUUCUUUUCUGUUCUUUUUGAUAUAUUCCUUUUUAAGGGAUCGCCGGAUCGCCAAGCAUACCAGGUUGAAUGGCGGCAAGAAAGUCAGUCUGCCUGCGCUGGAAGAGUUGGGUGUUGGAUUCGUUGCUGGGAGUUUAACGAAGUUGGCAACAGCCCCGAUUGCCAACAUAGUCACAAGGAAACAGGCCGCCGCUCUGCUGAGAGCUUCGGAGGAAGGACAGCAGGAGUCAAAUGGGACGACGCCGCCGACGACUCCCACCACCCGACAAAUUGCCCAGGACAUCCUGUCGGAGAAAGGUCCUUUGGGAUUUUGGUCCGGUUAUUCGGCGAGUCUGGUUCUCACGCUCAAUCCGACAAUAACGUUCUUUCUAUUUGAAACGCUCAAAAAGCUUCUCCUCCGCAGAGAAUCCAGGCAACACCCACCACCUAGCCUCACGUUCCUCUUAUCUGCGAUCAGCAAAGCUUGUGCGUCUUCAAUCACAUACCCAUUCAGCCUUGCAAAGUCACGCCUCCAGGCUGGUGGCGCCUCCUCGCAUAAGGAGGAUCAGGACGAAAACAAAGUUAUCAGCGAAGACUUCAAACAUGAAAGAACUAGGAAAGCCGCACGAGCUACAAUCUUCAGUACUGUCCUCACAAUCGCGCAGACUGAAGGUGUCGCCGCCCUGUACGAGGGGUUACAUAUCGAAGUGUUGAGGGCAUUCUUCUCCCACGGAAUCACCAUGCUGGUGAAGCAAAUCAUUCAACGCUUCCUCGUCAGAGCUUACUACCUUGUGUCGGUUAUUCUUGGACGCUACAAGAAGCGCCGUGACGCAAGCGCGAAACGCCUGGCAGAGAAAGCCAAAGUCAGUGUCGAAUACUACAAUCUGGCAAUGGCCCGGGCAUCCGAAAAGAUCGAGGAGGCGGCUGAGAAAGUCAAGGAAAGUGUUGGGAAGAAAGCGAAUGAGACAGCAGAAUUUGUGGGAGAGUAUGUGGAGGAAGAUGACGAGUUGGGAGAGAAGUGGAAGGAGCUGUAUGGAACGGUGGGGUUGUCCAGGUGGUUCGACAAGGUGAGUGAUGAGAGAUGA